AUGAAAAGCAAGAAGGCCUCCAGCUUCCAUGAGUUUGCUCGCAAUACCAGUGAUGCCUGGGACAUCGGUGAUGACGAAGAUGAGGACUUCUCUUCCUCCUCUUCCUCUUUGCAAACUCUGAACUCUAAAGUGGCCAAGGCCACAGCAGCCCAGGUACUGGAGAACCACAGCAAAUUGCGGGCAAAACCCGAGCGGGCCCAGUCAGCUCUCAGCGACAUGCCCAUGAACUGCAAGGUCAUCAAGUCCAGCAGUGAGGCCCAGCUCUCCAGGACAUCUGAGGAGGCCUGUGUGAGGACCCCCCUUCAAAAGCAGCAGUCCCUUCCCCUUCGGCCCGUCAUUCCACUUGUCGCCCGGAUCUCUGACCAAAAUGCUUCGGGUGCUCCCCCCAUGACAGUGAGGGAGAAAACCCGCCUGGAGAAGUUUCGGCAGCUCCUUUCCAGCCACAACACAGACCUGGAUGAACUGAGGAAAUGCAGCUGGCCUGGUGUGCCCAGAGAGGUCCGGCCUGUGACUUGGCGUCUCCUCUCAGGUUAUCUCCCCGCAAACAUGGAGCGGCGAAAGCUGACUUUGCAGCGCAAGCGGGAGGAAUACUUUGGCUUCAUCCAGCAGUAUUAUGAUUCCCGGAAUGAGGAGCAUCAUCAAGACACCUACCGACAGAUCCACAUCGAUAUUCCAAGGACCAACCCACUCAUACCCCUUUUCCAGCAGCCGCUUGUCCAGGAGAUCUUUGAAAGAAUCCUGUUUAUCUGGGCCAUUCGACACCCAGCCAGCGGCUAUGUACAGGGAAUCAAUGACCUGGUCACUCCUUUCUUUGUUGUGUUCCUCUCUGAGUAUGUUGAGGAGGAGGAUGUGGAGAACUUUGAUGUGACGAACCUGUCGCAGGAUGUAUUACGGAGCAUUGAAGCUGACAGCUUCUGGUGCAUGAGCAAGCUGCUGGAUGGGAUUCAGGAUAACUACACCUUUGCACAGCCAGGGAUCCAGAAGAAAGUCAAAGCCCUGGAGGAGCUGGUGAGCCGGAUCGAUGAGCAGGUACAUAAUCACUUUAGGAAGUACGAGGUUGAAUACCUGCAGUUUGCCUUUCGCUGGAUGAACAAUCUGCUGAUGAGGGAGCUGCCUCUUCGCUGCACCAUCCGCCUCUGGGACACCUACCAGUCAGAGCCAGAAGGAUUCUCACAUUUCCACCUGUACGUCUGCGCUGCCUUCUUGAUCAAGUGGCGAAAGGAGAUCCUAGAUGAGGAAGACUUCCAAGGCCUUCUGAUGUUGUUACAAAACCUGCCCACGAUACACUGGGGUAACGAAGAGAUUGGACUCCUGCUCGCUGAAGCCUACAGACUCAAGUACAUGUUUGCAGAUGCCCCCAAUCAUUACCGCCGAUAGGUGCCGGGACUGGGCUCCCUCCUCUCCCCCAUGUGCAGCCCUUGUCCUGGCCCGAUCUGAUCACUGUGGCAUUUCUGUCAUCCCACCUCCUCGGACACUCCAGCCGGGAGCUGCUCCUCGCUGUACAAAGCUCACAUGGACUCGUCUUAACUCUCAACGUGUGCCUGUCUGCCACUCCAUGCGCCUGGAUGUGCCACUCCAGUGACC